UCUCUCUCUCUCUCUCUCUCUCUCUCUCUCUCCACUCUCCAUCUCCACUGCAACUCGGCGAAACCACUCUUCCCCACCACCGCGAGCUCGUUGAAUCGACCAUGGUGUUCGUAUCGGACGCUGCGAGUGCCUGCAAAAGCCGGUUCGGCUUCUCGUCGGACCAUUCCUCCGACCCUGCCGGCACCAACCUCCAUCUCAGGUCUGCUUCCAGGGAGAACGCGGCGCAUUCUCAGGCAUUGGCCGUCCGGAGCAGCGAAGAUCAGAAUGAAGGCUCCUCCGCUGUUGAGUCCUCGUCCCAGGGGUUCGAGUUCUCCGAGGCCCCUUCCUUCUGGAAGGAACACAAUGUGCAGGUCAUUAUUAGAAUAAGGCCUCUGAGCGGGAGCGAGAUAUCGCUUCAAGGGCACAACAAGUGUGUCAGGCAAGAGAGCUGCCAGACCAUCACUUGGACUGGGCAUCCCGAGUCCCGGUUUACUUUCGAUCUUGUUGCAGACGAGAAUGUUAGUCAGGAGAAGCUGUUCAAGGUCGCUGGAGUUCCCAUGGUGGAAAAUUGUGUCGGAGGGUACAAUAGCUGUAUGUUCGCAUAUGGUCAAACUGGAAGUGGGAAGACGCACACGAUGCUCGGAGACAUUGAGGGAGGAACUCGUAGGCAUAGCGUCAACUGUGGGAUGACUCCUCGUGUGUUCGAAUAUCUAUUUUCACGAAUUCAAAAGGAGAAGGAAGCUCGGAAGGAUGGGAAGCUAAGAUUCACUUGUAGAUGCUCAUUUCUGGAGAUAUACAAUGAACAGAUUUUGGAUCUUUUGGACCCCUCAUCUAGUAACUUACAGAUCAGAGAAGACAAUAAGAAGGGGGUUUAUGUAGAGAACCUGAGAGAGGUGGAAGUUUCCAGUGCUCGAGAAGUGAUUCUUCAGUUAAUUCAAGGAGCUGCUAACAGAAAGGUUGCUGCAACUAAUAUGAACCGAGCAAGCAGUCGUUCACAUAGUGUUUUUACAUGCGCUAUUGAAAGUACGUGGGAAGUCCAAGGAGUAACUCACCAUAGAUUUGCUCGGCUCAAUCUUGUCGACCUUGCUGGAUCAGAGAGGCAAAAGAGUUCUGGAGCUGAAGGCGAGCGUCUCAAAGAAGCGACAAAUAUCAAUAAGUCCCUUUCAACGUUGGGACUUGUAAUCAUGAAUCUUGUGAGCGUUUCCAAUGGGAAGUCACUUCAUGUUCCUUACCGAGACUCAAAGCUGACAUUUUUGCUUCAGGAUUCACUUGGAGGGAACUCGAAGACAAUUAUAAUUGCAAAUAUAAGUCCUUCUAACUGUUGCUCGUUGGAGACAUUAAGCACUUUGAAGUUUGCACAACGUGCUAAAUUCAUUAAAAACAAUGCAAUUAUCAAUGAAGAUGCAUCUGGAGACAUAAUUUCAAUGCGUAUGCAAAUUCAGCAGCUCAAGAAAGAAGUGGCCCGACUGCGAGGAAUGAUGAAUGGAGGAGCUGAUGAUGUGGACAAUGAUGUUCUGUCGACGAACUUUCCAGCAACUCCAGGACCCUUCAAGUGGGAAGGGCUUCAUGGAUCGUUUAGUCCACUUACAUCUGAUAAAAGGAUAACUCAUAAGAAUGAUUAUGAAGUUGCUCUUGUUGGAGCUUUUAAGAGGGAAAAGGACAAAGAAAUUGCAUUGCAAGCAUUGGCAUCAGAGAAUCAAGCAGCUCUCCAGCUGGCAAAACAAAGAGAAGAUGAAAUUCAAGGCCUGAAGAUGAGGCUAAGGUUCCGUGAAGCAGGAAUUAAGCGGCUGGAGGCUGUGGCUUCAGGAAAGAUCUCAGCUGAGACUCAUUUGUUGAAGGAAAAGGAACAACAUUUGAAGGAAAUUGAAGUUUUACGAGCCCAAGUUGACAGGAACCAGGAAGUAACGAGAUUUGCCAUGGAAAAUUUGCGAUUGAAGGAAGAAAUUAGAAGAUUAAAGUCAUUUGUUGAGGAAGGUGAGCGGGAGACAAUGAAAGAGCAGAUCGCGGUGCUACAAAACAAGUUGCUAGAAGUACUUGAUUGGAAACUAAUGCAUGAGUCAAAUCCUCCUGCAGCCCAGGAGCCUAGAUCGCCUUGGUAUUCUGAGGAAAAUGAAUUCCUGCGUUUGCAGGCUAUUCAGAAUCAGGCUGAAUUGGAGUCACUGAGAAAGAAACUGGACCUCUGCCUUGAGGAGAAAAAGAAGUUGGAAAGGUAUGUACAAGAGCUUGAAGCCGAGAGAUCUAGAAGAGCUGCGGAAGAAACACAGCAAUUUGAGCAUAUUUCUUCACCUCCAUCGAGAGUUCCUAUUGUCAACUUUGAUGAUCAAAUGGAGUUGAAAACAAUGGUUGAUGCCAUUGCUGCUGCAAGUCAAAGAGAAGCCGAGGCCCAUGAGAGUGCAAUUAUCAUUUCUAAGGAGAAUGAUGAGCUUCGGAUGAAGCUGAAGGUCUUAAUCGAAGACAACAACAAACUGAUAGAAUUGUAUGAGCAGGCAACUGCAGCGAGGAGCGAUGACUUACAAGUGGAUACGGCUAAUGGCACUCUGGAUGAAGGAACAGGAAUUCCUGGUAAUGGAACAUUCCCAGAAUCGUUUGAGUCAAAUGAGACUGAGACCAAGAAGGUGGUUGAGAACCUGGAAUAUCAACUCGAGGAACUGCACGAAGAAAACGAGAAACUAAUGAGCUUAUAUGAGAAAGCCAUGCAGGAGAGGGAUGAGUUCAAGAGGAUGCUUCAUGCUAGUGGACCAGUCACAACUGAAGCAAAAGGUGAAUAUGAGUGUCCCGAGAAGCUCGCAGAGGUUGAUGCAGGUGAUGGAAAUCCUGAGCUAGAAGGUUACCUUGAAUCUAAUGAUCCACCGAGCAAGGCUGAGGCUGUCAUUUCCAUGGAAAAGACGGCUAGAUUUGUGAAACCUUUCUUGUUUAGCGAAUCAGAACUAUUGAAAGAAGAAUCUAAUGCUCGGACCAAUCGUCAAAAUUGUUCUGAGGAUGAUCAAACAGCUUCGGGUGAUUGCUUAGAGACAGAGAACUCAAAUUUCUCGUCUGCUCCACAAGAAAUUGGUUUGGCAAAAACAAAACUUGAAAAUGCUGAGUUUAAGCUCAAAGAAUAUGCAAGAAGUUUUGCUGUGUUUGCUUCAGUCGAGAAGGCUGCAGGUGAAGUUGAUGAGAUCGUAAGACAAAUUGAAGACAUGCAGAAAAUGGUUCAGGUCAAGCAGCAUGAACUCGGAAUGCUUGGGACUGUCCGUUCAGAAAAACAAGAAAGGGCCUGUCUCGCUUUUAAGAAGUUCUCAGCUCUGAAACACACUAUCUUGAGCUUCUCAUCAUCCUUAGAGUACUUUGAGCAGCGAGAGGCUCGGGCAAAGGGAAGGGUGAAUGAUUCAUUAUUGCAUCUCAACAAGAAGAAAAAUGAACUGUCCCUUCUUCAAGCCCGAAAGGAUGAACUGGAGCUGGCUCUGGUGAAGAAUCAGGAAUCUGAAGAGGAAAUAAAGAAGAGGCUUGCAAGCUUGAAGUCGAAAUAUGAGGAAGAGAAGCGGAAACAGGAUAGCGAGAAGGUCCUUUUUGCCAUAGACAAUGUCGAGAAUGUGAACCCAUCGAAGAGGACAUGGAACUUGGGCGGGAAAGCUGGUGACUUGCUCAAGUCCGAGGAAGAAAAGAUCAAGCUGCAGGCUGAGAUUGGCUUUUGCCAAGAAAGGCUGGGUACUAUUAGGAAGGAACUCGGAGAAAUCAAGCCAAAAUAUGAGAAAAUAUAUUCCAUGAUACAGGCAGUCCAAGGCGAUAUCACCAAAGGUUCAAGGAUGGUGGAGGAUCUGGAGAUUGCACUUCAAGGAGUGAUGCAAGAGAAGAACAGUCUUUUAGAGGUCAGAGAAAAAGGGAGCGAUGAAACUCGGGAUGUGUUUCUUUCAUUCCAGCAGCAUGUAUUCGAGACUGAUCUAAAGGCAGAAGAGAUGGAAGUUCUGGAAGAGGAACUGAAAAUGCAGCUAAAGAGGAUCGGAGAACUGGAGUUAGCUCUGGCUGAGAAGAAGAUCCAUUUGUCGGAGGAAAUGCGGCGUCACGUGGGCAGGUCGCAGGAAGUAGAAGAUGAGCUUCAGAGUGCUGUGUCAAUGAUCGAGGAGGCAACAUCAUUGCUAGUAAAUCACCUGUAAAAUUAUCUAAAUCGAACAUCAAAGAGCCUUGGAGUGCAGUUGCCGUAUUGUGUAAUCUAGUUGGAAGCUAUUUUUUGUAAGCCGAUUGCUUAUUUCCAGUAUAUAAUCCACUUGCAGUGUCAGUCA